CGGCAUCUCUCUCGCGCGCGCGGCGUCGGUCUUCCCCCUCGCGGGGGGCAGCUGGCCAGACCCGCGGACCGACCGCUGCAGGCCGCCGGGGGGCGGGGGAUGCCGGGCUGCCGCAUCAGCGCCUGCGGCCCGGGGGCCCAGGAAGGGACCGCGGAACCCGGGUCCCCGCCGCCGCCGCCCCGGGAGCUCCUGUCGUCCCCUCAGCCCCCGCCCCCAACUCCGACCUUGACUCCGACCCCGGCUCAGGUCUCGUCGCCGGCCGACGCGGCCCCGGCGGACGGGCAGGAGCUGCAGCGCUGGCGCCAGGGCGCUAACGGGGGCGCCGGGGGCACCGGGCCGGCAGGGGGCGCGGCGGCGGCGGCGGGGGCGGGGGGCCGCGCGCUGGAGCUGGCCGAAGCGCGGCGGCGACUGCUGGAGGUGGAGGGCCGCCGGCGCCUGGUGUCGGAGCUGGAGAGCCGGGUGCUGCAGCUGCACCGCGUCUUCCUGGCGGCCGAGCUGCGCCUCGCGCACCGCGCCGAGAGCCUGGGCCGCCUCAGCGGCGGCGUGGCGCAGGCCGAGCUCUACCUGGCGGCGCACGGCUCGCGCCUCAAGAAGGGCCAGCGCCGCGGCCGCCGCGGCCGCCCGCCCGCGCUGCUCGCCUCGGCCCUGGGCCUGGGUGGCUGCGUGCCCUGGGGCGCCGGGCGCCUGCGGCGGGGCCACGGCCCGGAACCCGACUCGCCCUUCCGCCGCAGCCCGCCCCGCGGCCCCGCCUCCCCCCAGCGCUGACCUCGGCGCCGGGACCCCAGGCCCCCCGACAGGCCGUCGCGGAGGUGCCGACCGACGGAUGGACGGCGUCGCCGGCGAGGACGAGCUGACAGACCCCGGGAAGAGACAGUCGGGGGCCGGGGGCCCAGUGAAGGAGGCUGAGCUCCUCCCAGCUCCUCAGAGCCUCCACUCUAUGGAUCUGGACUCCUGGAUUCUGCUCCUGCUCCUGGGCACCUCCUCCAGGAAGACGUCCCACAACCUUAAACAAAUUGAUCCCGUAUGAUCUUGGCACCAUCCUCUCAUCACAGGGGCCUUGCACUCAACGGCGGCCAGGUGCUCGGUUCUGGGGAAGGUGCCUGUAAUCUAAGCCACAUUUGACUUUGGCUGACACUGUGAUUGGAAAUGUUACAACAGGUCCUCUGAGUUGCAAUCAGAUUAUUUAAGAAAGCAGCGAACAUUUCCAGUGUGAAAAUGAAAAGGCUUUCUUUUAAAAUAGAGUUGUCAUUCUUAAGUCACAGCGCAGCUGGGGUCUCCAUUGUGGUCGAUGUCAUUGCUUCUCACCCUGACAAUGCUGGGAGGCCUGUUUGAGGGGAAAUAUUGGUCUGAGAAAUCUGUUUCCCUCCUCCACUGUCCUUGCCCUCUCUGCCUAGGGGUGUGCCUUUGGGCCCCUCAGAAAGAUGAUCGCUGCUGGCUCCAAGGGGAGGGGCACCUCAUUCUCAGGGAGAGGUGGUGGCAACCUAAACAUUCAAAACAAAGUUUUGAAUGAAAAAAAAAAAGGAGCAUAUUUAUUCAAAUAUCCUGAAAAUAUAGGGAAGGGGCGGGGGGCACAUUUACUCACAUACAACCCAGAACUUGUAUUCCGCAAAAUGAAUGUAUAUUGAAUCAGUCCCCUGAUUUAUACAUUCAGGAAGAAUAAAUUUCAGUGACGUGAGACAAAG